UCAAAGCACCAAUCUCCGGGUGUCCCACGCACGCCCCCUGCUCCGUUAGUUGCCUGUUCCAGUCGCGUGCCCUUCCUAAGCAACCACGCAGCCGGCCUUAUUUACGGCAGGCGUAAAAAAAGGACGUAAACGCGCCUCCUGGGCGAAGAGGCUGGUAAAGGAUCUUAUGUUUCUUUACAACAAUUAAACUUUGUCAGAUACAGACUUUAAAGUGAAUAAAUCCAUGAGUGGGAAUCGAUCACUGAAGAAACGAUGUGGGGAAUUGCAUCUGGAAUCCCCUGCACGCUAUGGUCACGUUCCUUCUACAGGAUGUACAUUGAGCAAAUUGUUUCAGUUGCCAACACCACCUUUAUCAAAGCAUCAGUUAAAACGAUUAGAAGAACACAAAUAUCAAAGUGCUGGACGGUCCCUACUUGAGCCACUUAUGCAAGGUUACUGGGAGUGGUUAGUGCGAAGAGUACCAACUUGGAUUGCCCCUAAUCUGAUUACAAUUGUUGGACUGAUAAUAAACAUCUGCACAACCAUAAUAUUAGUAUUUUACUGUCCAACAGCAACUGAACAGCAUUUCAACAAAACAAUUGAUGUGCAACAAUGGGAAUAUCAAUGGAAGACAAAUAUUAAAUAUACCGCAAAUAUAGUGAACUGUGGAGUACACUUGUUGCCCAAUGUGUUUAGCUCAGGACAUGAUGAUGACUGCAAAUAUUACAUGCAGAGAAAACUAGUAAUUGAUGUGACUGAGGUGCAAGUCUUCAUAAUAAGCAUGCAUUUACUGGCAGCGAUUGGAGGACCUACAUUUUGGCAAACUAUGAUUCCAGUGUUAAACAUUCACAUGAAAAUACUUCCAGCUAUUUGUACAGUAGCAGGAACCAUAUUCUCUUGUACAAACUACUUUGGUGUGAUCUUCACAGGUGGAGUUGGCAAAAAUGGAUCAACUAUAGCAGGAACAAGUGUCCUUUCACCAUUUCUUCAUAUUGGAACUGUCAUUACAUUAGCUGCCAUGAUCUACAAGAAAUCUGCUGUGGAACUUUUUGAAAAACAUCCUUGCCUCUAUAUACUGACUUUUGGGUUUGUUUCUGCUAAGAUAACUAACAAACUAGUGGUUGCUCAUAUGACCAAAAGCGAGAUGCACCUUCACGACACAGCAUUCAUAGGUCCAGCACUUUUGUUCUUGGAUCAAUAUUUUAAUAGCUUUAUUGACGAAUACAUUGUACUAUGGAUUGCCUUGAUUUUUUCUCUUUUUGAUUUACUCCGAUACUGUGUCAGUGUCUGCAAUCAAAUUGCUUCCCAUCUUCACAUCAGUGUCUUUAAGAUCAAGACCUACAGUACGUAUUCAAAUCAUCACUAGGUUAUUGCAAUAACUAGUAGCUGUUUUCUACAAGAGAGAAUGCGGUUCUAUUGAGCCGCCUACAGAAACUGCAGCAGAUAGGAACAAAUCUAAUUUAUAAUAAUGUUGUAUAACUAAUUUUGUUACUGAUGACACUCCCUAGUUAGACAGUCCUCCAACAAAAGGAGAAUCCCAAGUAUUCUCCAAAUGUCUAUUUUACCAGGUCCAUGGGUGUGUUACCUAGAGAAGCAUGCAGAGAAUAAGGCUUUGUCAUUGUAAUUACCUUGACCUCAGAUAAAUGGAUUCCCAACAACAGGAAUUUCUAAUACAGUGUAUUUACAAGCUAUAAGCCUAUUUGCUUUUAAUUUAAUUAUCCUUUAAAGUGCUCAUUUAAUACUGUCCCAAAAGUAUAAUUAUUAAUUGCCUUGAGAAACUCUGGCAUCUCACUACCUUUGGUGGCUGGAAUACUUUGGACUUGAGCCUAGAUUCAUCACCAGUUGCUGAUAACUGUGGUUAGUUUUUAAGAAAACAGAUACUUCAUGUUAUUUGCAUUGUCUCUGGAAGCUAGCAUCUUGAAAUGCUAUCUUUGGAAGCAAUCCACUGUGGCUGAUCAUUUUGUCAUUGCACAUUGUACACAGCCACUGUGCUUGAUAAAUUACAUCUUUUGUCUUUAAAAAAUUCUAACCCUAGUCCCCUAAAAUGUGGGAUGAUUGUCAGCAUGCAGUAUAGUGUGUUAUCUGUCAAUUUAUUUUUUAAAAUAAACACUUUAAAAUAAAUUUUCAGGUUUUUUUCAGUGGAAAGUCUAUACAAAAUUUGCAGUUACUUUUUGUAUAAAAUUUAUGCAAAAUAUUUCUGUUUAAUAAAUGAAAAUUCUCAUAACUAUAA